AUGGAAGUACCAUUGGGUUGCAAAGUUACAUUCAAAGACACCAACGACAUUCUCAAUUUCCAAUUAGACAUUACGUUGAGCAAUAGAACUAAUUCUGUUAUUGAACUCGAACUUUGUCCUUUUAAGGUCAAAGAUGUCCUAAAGGAUGAAUUCUUUACAACUAUUUCUUCUAAUCUAUCAGAAGAUCAAAGAAGAUCUUUAGUACAAAUUAAUGAUUUUCUUCAUAAAUUUAUAAUUAAUAAUCAAGAUAAUUUCACCAAAAAUUUUCAAAUUGUUAAUAAUAUUAUUGUUAAAAAUGAAGAUGUUUUGACAAAUUUAGAAAAAACAACUACCCACCUCACUAUCUCAUAUAAUAUAAUAGCGUAUAUUUAUAGGCGAAUAAUCGGUAGCGAAGUUCUAGAAUCCAAUCAUAUGGGAGAAGUUUGGAAAUUGCUUCAAUUUCAACCUAUAAAUAUUCAUGAGAUAACUAAUAUAAUUUCUGAAGAAGAUACAAAAAAAAAGAUUUUAGAAUUAUUUUUAUCUUUCAAAGAUGAAUUCGAUAUAAAAUCGAAAUAUUUUGAUGAAGUACCUAAACAAGUGGCAACAAACUUAUUUUAUAAUAAACAACAAUCUUUUUCCCAUCUUAUCGGACCACCAAGUAAAGAAUCUAGUAGAUAA